ACGCGCAAGUGCAACAUUUGUCCCUUACGACUUUCUGUUGAACGGUACUGUCAUGUCGGCCCCCUUCAUGUCUGUACACAGAUGUUGCCAGCGGUGGGCUCUCCUCGUGGCUGCUAAGCGAGCAUGGAGCUCCAGCUCGGCGUCUCCGCCUCCUCUGCACACGAGGCUUCUCCUCUUCCUCACCCAGCGUUUCUAUGAUGUGGAGAUGCUCCUGAGCUGGAGGUUUCAGCGGAGGAGGAGGGGGAUUGAAAAGAAGAAUGCUUACUAUGGCUACACUCAGAGGUUUUAUGGGCCAGACAUAGCAGCAGCAUAUUAUAUCUUGAGUAUGAAGGGAGGAUUUAGGUUUGUUGGGCAGCCAGAGUGGUUCCGUGCAGACCAGAGGGGCAAGUUUAAUUGGCAGUUCUUGGAUCACAAAGACACACCUCUAGAGGAAGUUAACAUGAGCUACACACUCAUCAACUACACAGGACUGGCGAACCUGGAGGGGCAGCGAUCAUUGCGUACUCUGUCGUUACAAGGAUGUCCUGAAGUGGACGACUGGUUCCUGGCUAGGCUCCAUAUGUUGCAAGACUCUCUGGAGGAACUGGACAUCUCUCACUGUCCACGGAUCACUACAGGCGGCCUGGCUGCACUCAGGAAUCUCAAGGGACUGCGGCGUCUGGACGUGUCGUCCCUCCCUCGGAUUUCAAGCCCUGGAUUGGUCAUUAUCUUGCUGGAGGAGAUGUUACCACAGUGCCAGAUCAUCGCUACUGGCUACAACCUCAGCCUGAGGCAGGAGGGAAGAGAGGGGACAGAGGAGCGUGUGCAUGGGCAGAGGUAGGGAAUGGGCAUGGACGGGAAUCUGAGGAAUCAAGGGACUUCAGAAAGAGAAACAGUCCUCUGAGAAAGCUCUGCUGUCAUUUUACCACAGUCUGACAUAAAGGGGGCUUGUGGAACAAAGAGCAUGCAGAGGCGACAUUUGGCAUAAGAGAGGUGAUAAGUCUGAUUUUUGCAGCAGUACAGCCGUCACAGCUUAUUUUCAGUAUUGGAUCAAACCAGUCUGGUUAUCACAGAGAAGAUUCAGCAGAGAAAAAUGUGGAUUAUUCAGCUGACAUCUGCAUAAGACUCGACACACUCCACCAGUAUGAACCAGCUCAAAGGUGAUUGGACACUGGCAACAUCCAGUUACAUAGAAGCAUGUGGAAAAGAAGAAUGUACUUCCUCAAGUUGGCUGGUUAUUUGGCAUUGUCAUCUAUGGUAUAAGUUAUCACAGUCUGCAUGUGUUUCUUCCCACAAGAAUCCACUCACUGUCAAGAGUGAGCACAUUUCUGAUGUAAAUCAAAACACAUGUAAAAAUAUGUCUGCCUCAAGCCAAUGACACUUUGUCUGUUUAUGUGGUAAUGAUUUAAUUUGCUGAAAUGUAAAUAUGAUUGUAAAUAAAGGUUUUAUUGUUGAAUAUCAUGA